AUGGCCGGAGGCGUGCGGCGCUUCGAGAUUGGGCAGGAGGUCUGGUUCUGCAUCGGCGGCUCCACCGUGCGCGGCAUCGUUGAGGGCUACCGCAGCGAGACAGUCGCGUGCGUCAGCCUGAUCGGCGCCUUCAAGAUGUUUGACAUCCACUUCGAGGAUCUCAAGCCCGUCAUGGAUGACUGAGGCCGCAUUCUCUCCUCCUCACCGGGUCCCCACGUCACCUGAAUGUCGAUACCCAUCCCCGCGUCACGCACGUCGGCCAUGCGCCGGGCGUUCAUACGUCACUGCGCUCCGGAGCCUCUCUUUCAUACCUCCUCGUCCGCGUCGCUGCCGGCAGCUCGCGAUCAAGUCACGCACUGCUC